AUGGGCUGCGGCUCCAGCCGUGGCACCUUGGCGCAACGCUUGGAGGGCCUGGAUGGCGAGGCCGCGAAAGCCUUGGUGGCCAAAGAAGUCCAGAAGGGACUCGAUUUGAACUCCGCUGACGGCACAAUCCUCGCAGAGGCAGUCCUUCGCCGUGUCAAGGCAAAAGCAUUGGAGGCCCUGUUGGUCGCUGGUGCCAAGAUCACUUCGGAGGUCCAUUUGGCGCUGCUCACGCGGCUCGAUGCGAGUCAUGGGGACGACCCCCGGUCGGUAGUAAAGGUCUUCGUGGACCAUGGGCUUGAUGUGAACCUGGUGGACCCCAGUACGGUUCUUUCCUGGAUCUCGCUGGCACGGGACCACAAGAUCGGGUCAAUGAUGGUCAAUGCCAAGGUGAAAAUGGUGGUGGUCGGACACUUCUCAUCGCAGCAAUACGCUCAGGCGACGUGCACCUUGUCGAGGAGACCUGAUCUGGAACGCCGUGCAGCGGAGCUGCCCCUGUGGUAG